AUUUUGAAUCCACUUGAUAGUCCCCACCACAUGAGAGCAGACGACAAUUGCCAGUUCGGAGAGGGUGUAGUGUUAGAUAAACCUGUGAAGACUGGCAAGGGAUCUUUUGCUAAUGUUGGUCUUCUAAAGAAAGAAGUACAGAUAGAUAAACAUAUACAACCAGGAAUAAGAGUUACAGUCAAAUUAUCUGACCAAGAUCCAGAGAAAAAGAAAUGGAAAGGCAUAGUUGUAUCACCAUCUACACCACAGAAAGAAGCUGAUUUGUACUGGGGAUACAAUGUCAGAUUAGCCAGUAGUACAUGCACUAGUAGUAUUUGGUGGUGUUAAAGGUUUAGAGGCAAGUUUAGAUGCAGAUGAAGCCCUGAAUGUAGAUUAUCCCAGCUUGUUGUUCCAACAUUACCACAACACCUGCCCGUGUCAAGGAAGUCGCACCAUCAGAAUUGAAGUUGGUUGACUUAAUGUCCUGGAAUGAUUCAAUACCAAGUAAGGGAAAAACACAACAACUUAAGUAUGUAAAGAAUAAGUUUGGCAGAGCAAGUUUGGUCCUUGGAGGUUACCGUUACAGUGCUAAGACCAAACGAAACAACAGAAUUUACUGGCGUUGUACAAUUGCAUCCUGUAAAGCAACAGUUAACACACAUGAGGGUCAUUUGGUCAAAGUUGGCACACCAUAUAACCAUCCAGCCUACCAGACAGGGUGGUUCAAAAUCAAUGAACCACCAGAACUGUCCUGUGACAGUCAGCAAAGUGAAAAUAAAUCUAUGUCAGAAGAAUUUAUAACAGCGGGUCAAGAGACUCAAGAUGAAAGUGUUCCACUUCACUUGGAA